UCCUGAAAUUUCCUUGGUUGUGACAUAGCCCCUUGAUUUUGCAUACGACGAUAUUCCUAGUCUCCUCUUCUCUUUCUUCUUGUCGUCUUCCUUGCUUUUCUUGUUCUCUAUCUGCAGAGCAACACUUCAUUUCUUCGAGUCAAGAUGGCCUUGACAGGCUCAGCUAUUGGUUUUGAAGGCUAUGAAAAGAGGCUUGAGAUAUCUUUUUUUGAACGUGGUGUGUUUGCUGAUCCUGAAGGAUUAGGCCUCCGAGCAUUGUCUAAGGAUCAAUUGGAUGAAAUUCUGAAACCAGCUGAGUGCACUAUUGUUGACUCGCUGUCAAAUGCUUAUAUUGAUUCUUAUGUUCUUUCGGAGUCAAGCCUAUUUGUCUAUCCUUAUAAAAUUAUUAUAAAAACUUGUGGGACUACGAAAUUGCUUCUGUCCAUCCCUGUUAUUCUUAAGCUGGCUGAUACCCUUGACAUUACUGUGAAAUCUGUGAGGUACACUCGUGGAAGCUUCAUUUUUCCUGGGGUACAGCCAUUCCCUCAUCGUAGCUUUUCAGAAGAAGUUGCCGUUCUUGACAGCUAUUUUGGCAACCUUGGUUCUGGUAGCAAAGCUUAUUUGAUGGGUGACCCUGACAAGUCACAGGUUUGGCACAUCUACUUUGCAAGUGCUCAGACAAAACGCUCAUCAGAAGCCGUAUAUGGCCUUGAGAUGUGUAUGACUGGUUUAGAUAAGGAAAGGGCCUCUGUAUUUUUCAAGAAAAAUACAUGUUCGGCAGCUUUAAUGACCAAAGCUUCUGGAAUCAGGAGGAUCUUUCCGCAAUCUGACAUAUGCGAUUUUGAAUUUGAUCCUUGUGGGUAUUCAAUGAAUGGAAUAGAAGGGAGUGCAAUAUCUACUAUUCAUGUUACCCCAGAAGAUGGUUUCAGUUAUGCAAGCUUUGAAGCCGUGGGAUAUGAUUAUGAAGACAUAGAUCUGACUGAACUUGUUGAAAGGGUUUUAGCAUGCUUCCAUCCAGCUGAGUUUUCUGUUGCUUUGCACAUUGACAUGCUUGGUGAAAAACCUGUUGACAAAUUUUUCCUGGAUAUUGAAGGAUAUUAUUGUGGAGAAAGGAGCAAUGAAGUACUUGGAGCAGGUGGUGCAGUUGUGUAUCAUAGCUUUGUUCGAGCUGAUGGAUGUGCAUCUCCUAGAUCUAUUCUGAAAUGCUGCUGGAGUGAGGAUGAGAACGAAGAGGAAGUGAGAGAGAUAUAGAUCUGGUCCUCAUAUUUAGCUGUGGUUUAUCUUUACUGUUGUGUUGCUACUUAAAUUAAUUAGGGUUAUCCUUCGAGAGCAAAGUAAUAAACGUCUUAUGAUGCUUCAUUAUGCAGUUUCUCCCUGUGUCUAAUGCUAUUUAGGAAGCGGAAGUAAGAGAGAUAUUUAUCUGUUCCUCAUAUGUUGCUGUGGUUUAUCUUAAAGUGUUAUUACUUAAUGCAGUUUCUUCUAGUUUCUAAUCCUAUGUAGGAUUUGUCAUAGGGAGUAGUGGGUGCUAGGUCAUAUACUAGUGUGUUGCUCCUGUAUUUUAUUGUUAAAUAAAUGAAACCAUGCUAUAAUAUAAUUUAAAUCUUCUUGAUUGUUUUGAUUA